UCAUAGCGGGAGCCGGAUAGUCGCAGCCGCCCUGCACAAACAGCCGGAGGAAGCGGCGUCGCCACUGAGAGACUGAACCGAGCUGUCUGCUCAGCGCCGCUGCCAUGGCCAGGGAUUAUGAUCAUCUCUUUAAACUGCUCAUCAUCGGGGACAGCGGUGUGGGGAAAAGCAGUCUGCUGCUGCGAUUUGCAGAUAACACAUUUUCUGGCAGCUAUAUUACUACGAUAGGGGUAGAUUUUAAAAUAAGAACUGUGGAAAUCAAUGGAGAGAAAGUAAAGUUGCAGAUCUGGGAUACAGCUGGGCAAGAACGAUUUCGAACCAUCACCUCCACGUACUACAGAGGCACGCAUGGGGUUAUAGUAGUAUAUGAUGUGACCAGUGCAGAAUCCUUUGUAAACGUCAAGCGAUGGUUGCAUGAAAUAAACCAGAACUGUGAUGAUGUGUGUCGGAUACUAGUUGGCAACAAGAAUGAUGACCCAGCUCGCAAAGUGGUGGAGACUAAUGAUGCACAGAAGUUUGCAGAACAGAUGGGCAUUCAGCUUUUUGAAACUAGUGCAAAAGAGAACCUCAACGUUGAAGAGAUGUUCAACUGCAUCACGGAGCUAGUUCUGCGGGCCAAGAAAGAGAACUUAGCCAAACAGCAGCAACAGCAGCAGAAUGAUGUCAUCAAACUAUCUAAAAAUAGUAAAAAGAAGAGAAAGUGUUGCUAACGAGGAACAACAAAAAAAGACUUCUUUGGAAUGAACAGUCCCUUUUCACUUGGACUUAUAUAUUAUGAAGUCAAAAAUGGACAUUUUCUUUCCACACACAACACCCCCUCCCCACCCCCCCACCCCCGCCCCAAUACCCAAUUCCAGGCUGGAAGGAUAUCUUACAACAGCAGAUAUGGGAUCUUGCUGACUUAGUGGUUUUGCUCCCAGAUUUCAGCUUCUGAAUUAUUUUUCGCCCCAGAUGAAAGUGACCGAGCUGACGUAGCUCAGUGCCAAGGUUGGAUUAGAUCGUCUCAUUCCAGUUUGAAUUGUGUGGAUGUCUCAAAGAUCGAGUGACUUGUCUCGCCCACAGGUUUUUAAAAUCUCUGCACAUGUAUACCUUUCAGCUUCUAAUGCCACCCAGUUUUCAUCGACGCUUUGCCUAAUACUUGUAGAUGACAAGAAAUCAUGAACCACUUUCGUUCUCUUUUGCUGUAUUUUUAAAAAAGCUGAAUUCUUUGAAUCAAGCUACUGACUAACUUGACAUAACGCCACUUGCUCCUUCCAUUCCUUUAUCGUUCCCACUGUAUUGGAUUCCCCUUCACAUUACCUGAUUUAUAGUUUGUGUUUGGGGCUGAUGGUGUUGGGGGAGGGAGGGAGGUUAAGCUAACUAUCUUAAAGAGGUGAAGGGGCAAGGGCUCACCACUGGACUAGGUAUUUUAUGAAUGGUAUUCAAGAGCCCCUUUUUGCUUUUGAAUUCUUUUACCAUCAAUUAACUAGCUAUUCUGCUGUUUAUACCUUAAGUGGGUCCAGAAAUUUUGGUUAGCAUUUAUCUUGUGUGGAAUAGUCACUAGCUUGUUCUAUAACAGGUGGGGAGGGGAAUAAACUGGGCUUGGGUGGGGGGGAUGACAUUGAAAUGAAAAAGACAGGGUGAAUGAAGAGUGGUUUUUAAAGUCGGUUGAUCAUGUAUGUUAACUUGGCAUGUUUAAUCCUCAGUCCUUCAGCCUGGAAGACAGGUGAUUGAUUUUGGUGUCUCACUGCAAACAGCACAAUAUCCAAGUCCUACAACGCAAUAAGUACACAUAUUACAAAGUGGGGGUUAUUGCAUUUUGGAAGGCGUAAAUUUCUUCUCUAGCUUGUCCGCUGCUUUUUCACCACUGGAAGAAGAGUUUACACCUAGGCCACAUGGCUGGAGUCAAAAUUUGCGCUGCCUGAGGGGCCUUGUGUGGAAAGAUUUCUGGCAGCCCCAAUUCACACUCCACUGGUCAAGCCCCACUACUACUUCAGUUUGGCAGCUGGAGCCUGUGAAGCCACCAGUUGGUGGGGAGAAGCUACAAUCGCCACCUUGAAGUUUGGAUUGCUGUGCUGAGGUUGGAGCAGAAUUGAGGGAGCUUUGCUCCGUUCCUUGCUGUUACCAGACUUCAAAGUGCUUGGGAGAGAGAUAUAGAGAGCAGUACUUUGUGUCCAACCUGAUCUGUUUAAUGUUGACACAGGGUGCCUGAAAGAAAAGUCAUGUUUCCCCAGCACUAAUAUUUAAUAGCUUUGAACACAACACCCCACAAAAUACACACUGGCCCAUCAUCACCUGAUCUGUGUGGGAAAACUAGUUGAUCCUCCUGGGGAGGUGGAUGGACACUGGAUUUGAGUUCACAGUGCAAUCUGGAUGGGUGGAAUCUGCAGCACAAAACUGCCCAAAAUUGAGUGCUAAUUAUUAUAUGAAAAGUCUUGUGUCAUGUGGUUUGCCAGUGUGGGAAAUCGAGAGGGUUGGGAGAACCGAGGUGGGAGAAUGAAGCCUCAUUGGUCAUUGCACUGGGAGUUCUACCUUGGUUCAAAACUGUGUACCUGACCAGGCAAGUGUUUGAUUGGGAAUAGUGGAUGCCAAUUUUUUUUUAACAGGCUGUUGAAUAAAAGCAACUUAAAUAACUAUUAUUUUAAAGAUUACCGUUUACUGACAGUUUUAAAGAAAAUGUACUCUUUAUUUGUGUACAAGGUGGACAUUACAUCAAGAAAAGACCUACUUUGCAAGGUGUUAUUGUGGAUUCCCUUCUGUUCAAAGGUGUAUCUUAAUAUCUGAAAUCUUGUGGCAUUUGGUUAUGCAACUGUUCGUAAUGACAAUUAUGUAUUAAAACACAGAAAUUGUUGCAAA